GAAGGGACGUAGACGUUCUAUUGAAAACAUGGAAUACGGGAUACAUAGAUUGCUCCUUUCAAUCUUUAAUCUCUUCAAUUCGUAAAUUGAUACCGACUUUAAAAAAGAACAACACCGAUUGGCUAUCGACUAGGGAAUUUCUAGAAUUCAUAUGUUCAACUGUCAUAUUAUUAUGCGAUUUAUGGCAAACUUGCGAUAGACCGCGAGAUAUGAACUUCGAAUGUUUUCCAAGAUCUAACAAGGUUACCGAUCACAAGCUCAAUUAUCCGCAAUGAACGCUAAUUAUUCCUCGGAAAAUCACAGUUCGGAUUAUAAACGAAAUGAACAGCAAGAGACGUUGAUUGCCCCACCGUUGGAUUUAUCGUUUAGGAAGGCCACCACGAUGGAUGAAUUGAUGGAGAAACGCGCGCAAAUAAUACGCACGGGAAAAGCACCAACGAGAACAUUAAAGGAUCGUUAUGUAACCAGUACAUUGUGGCUAAGUAAUAAUCUAUUGAGCUCCAUAGAAGGUCUUCAACGUCUCGCGGAAAGAGUUCUCGAUAAUCCAAUAUAUCUCAGCUGGUUAGAUCUAUCUUUUAACGAGAUAAGCGAAAUUGGGGCAGAUAUUGAGAAAUUCAUAAACUUAAAGAUACUCUAUUUGCAUGGCAACAAAAUUUCAAAUAUCGCAGAUACUCUGAGACUGAGAAAACUACAAAAUCUCAGAUCAUUGACAUUACAUGGUAAUCCAAUCGAGGAUAUUCCCUGCUACAGGGGUUACAUCGUACAUCUUCUUCCACAGCUACUUGUUCUAGACUUUUCGCCAGUGAUUGCUGCUGAGAAAAAAAAGGCAUUACCUAUAGGAUUUUUUAAGAUGAUACAACCUGGAGUGUGAAU